AUGGCGUCUGACAUGACGGCGCCGAUUUUGGACGCCUUGUCGUCGACAAAUCAGCCUCUCCUCUCCACCGACGCAUUCCCCUCCACGCCGUCCCUGAACAUAAAAGCCGCCCUCGAUCGUCUAGCGUCUAGGUCCAUGGUGGAAUAUGAAACGAUAGAUAAAGAGAAACUUGUUUUGACGGAGGAAGGAGAGUCUAUUGCCGCCAAUGGCUCUCACGAAGCCAAGGUCUUCGACGCCGUUGUCGCUGCCCUCGAUGGGUUGAAAAUUGCUGACCUCCCCGGCAUCGUUGGAAAGGAUGUCGCCAAGGUCGGACAGGGCAACGCCUUCAAGCGAGGUUGGAUUAAGAAAGACAAGGACACGCUGCGGCCAACUACAGACAAGAUCCAUGACGAGACAAGGCUGCAACUGCAGGCUAUUAAAGAUACUCAGACUCUCGCGGAUAAUAAGGUCAUCGCAGAUUUGAAGAAGAGAAAAUUGAUCACGGUACAGAAAGUGAUUAGUUUCAAGAUUUCCAAGGGCCCCAAGUAUGCCAGGGAGUUCGUCAAGGAAGAGACCGACCUGACGGCGGAAAUGCUCGCAAACGGUUCAUGGAAGACAUCGUCGCUGAAACCCUACAACUUCAAGGCCAAGGGUGCUCCUACGCCUAGCGGAACGUUGCAUCCUCUGAACAAGGUUCGACAAGAAUUCCGAAACAUCUUCUUCGAGAUGGGAUUCGAAGAAAUGCCCACGAACCGAUUUGUGGAAACCGGAUUCUGGAACUUCGAUGCCCUUUACGUGCCACAACAACAUCCUGCCCGUGACCUGCAGGACACUUUCUACAUUGCCGACCCCAAACAGGCCGAUUCUCCUCGGGAAGAUCCCCCCAAUGACCCUCAUCUGAUCAAAGCGUCUACCACGCCGUCGUCCGCUAAAAAGGAAGAGGAAAAGCCAUUGAACUACCAGGAAUACUGGGACAAUGUUCGCGCAGUUCACGAAUCAGGCAAAUAUGGAUCAAUCGGCUACCGUUACCCAUGGAACCCCGACGAGUCUCUCCGACUAGUCCUACGAACCCACACAACAUCCGUGUCGACGUACAUGCUUCACAAGCUCGCAGCCAACCCACGACCAGCACGAUACUUCAGUAUUGACCGCGUGUUUCGAAACGAGGCCGUUGACGCCACCCACUUGGCUGAAUUCCACCAGAUUGAAGGUGUGAUUGCAGACUUUGGCCUAGCCCUCGGCGGUCUGAUCGGAUUCAUGGAAGUCUUCUUCGCAAAGAUGGGUAUUCAUCGACUCCGCUUCAAGCCCGCUUACAACCCGUACACUGAGCCCAGUAUGGAGAUCUUCGGAUACCACGAUGGACUAGGUAAAUGGGUCGAAAUUGGAAACAGUGGUAUGUUCCGGCCGGAGAUGCUGGAGCCCAUGGGCCUGCCGAAGGAUAUGCGUGUGUAUGGGUGGGGAUUGAGUCUUGAGCGACCUACGAUGAUCAAGUACGGAGUCAGCAAUAUCCGUGAACUGCUCGGUCACAAGGUUGAUCUCAACUUCAUCGAGACAAACCCAGCUGUUCGUCUAGAGCGGGAUUAA